AUGAUAACUGUUAUACUUUCUCGCGUCAUUAUGUAAUUUCCCGCUCAGGUUUUAUAGAUGUUCUUUUAGCAUUGCUUUUGGUGUUCUCCUUCCUGCGUACAGGUCUUACAAGGCCUUAAAAUAUAGAAACGUUAAAAAUAUGGUAGGUUGCCUCAAAUUCUUCGGUGAUUAUUUCGCCAGGUCCGACUCACUAUGCAUUGGAUCGUGUUUUCAAUAUUCCUUGCCAUUGAGGCUGUCACUGAUUACGUUCUUGCUUGGUAAACUGUCGCAUACUUCUCUAGCUAUUAUUAGGUUCCCAUUCUAUUAUGAAUUGAAGGUGUUCCUCGUCCUCUAUCUCGCCCUGCCGUUCACCCAGGGUUCCAGCAUUAUCUACAGAAAAGUUAUCCAUCCCAAUUUAUCAAAAAGAGAGACAGUAUUUUUUAAUCUUUUUAAUUCCCCGAACGCGUAGGAAAUUGAUGAGGCACUUAUGCGGGCAACGGAAACGGGGUACUCUGCAGUCAUGGAAUUCGGAGCCAAAGGUCUUACAUAUGCAGCUUCUACGGUUCUGACAACCGCUAUGAAGGUAAUUUGCGCAAUUCGUGCAUUGCUCAUUCAACUGUCUUGGUUUGACCCUUUUUUAUUUCUGCGGCCUCUUGCGAUGUAACUUGCUCCACUGAAUAGCCAUUAGGAAGUUCAUCGAGAAAUCUAUCCCUCCACGUUUUGGAUUUGCGCCUCUGGCGGGGCCCUUCAGAACUACGGGCCCGAGUGAUUCGUGCGAACUUUAUGGUUUGCCGCAGUAUUCCAGUCUCGGUCCCAAUUUUCCAUGCGCUUUCGUUUGUGCUGAUUGUAUGUUAUCGCCCACAUCAAGACGUGUAAAGUAUGUUUGGCUAGUGCCUUUUGUCUCUUUUGCCCUUUCUAAACGUCCGUCCUGUCAAUUUUUAGAGUACCACGUCAAUUUUUCCCAUGUCUUCUUAACCGUUUGAUUCAGUCGUACUGAAGUCUUCGCAUGGUCUUCUCUAUUCCAGGGGCAGGACUUAAUUGCGAACCAUAUAAAUCAGCGCAGCUACAGUCUAGAUGAUCUCUGGCGUGAUCGGCGUCCUGCUGAGCGACUGGCUGCCGGAGAUUCUGCUCAGGAGCCAAGGAUGCGUAAGCUGAGGAUUUAAAUAUUUUUUGACAACUUUUUUUAGUUAUUGAUACUGAAGGCUGUUUACUUGCUGACAAUUUUUAUCCAGUCUUUUCUUGUGAAGCUAGCCUACUUAAAAUACGCGUGAUUCGUCUGCCUUGAACCGAGCUUUGUGCAAACGAUCGGUUCUCCUCUGUCCCGCUAUUUUCCCGCAAAAAACAGUAAAUUACCUGCAGACGUCUACACGGCUUUUCAGUCUGUGCUGCUACGACAAUCGAUUGUUCUGUCAUUGUACUUCAUUAAAACUAACUGCCCAACUCCUGGUUCCGGUAAAUUUUUGUUCUGAUUCCAGCCUUACAGAGUAGUCAUAAAGUUUGCGGACAGACUAUUAUCCCAGGACCAGCUUUACUAAUUCUGGCUUAGUCGUGUUGGAAACAUCCAUAUUGAGAACACUUUGGACGAUUCUGCUAAGAAUCCUCAAUUUCAUAGGUGUUUUGCCGGUUAGUUUUUCACCCUGGCCAUCAGAUCAUCCUCAACCGUUUCCGGAUUUUAUGAUCAUUCUGUUAAAGCGGUGGACCACAUUAGAGCAGCCACUACUUUCAUCCACGUAGUUUGAUGCCAUUAUUUGUGUCCAGACGCCUUGACCAGGGUCCCCCACCAGGUAGUUUGCGUUAACUCAGACGAACCACCGGUUAUAAAGUCACAUGACUGUCCCACUUGUCCGGUUGUUUCACUACGCCUUGACAAAGCUCACUAUCUGUGGCUCAGUGCGAUACUUUGAGCAGUACGCAAUUGAAGCAUGCUUGUGUCACGCACAUCCAGUCAAAACCCCAGAAACUGGUAAGCAUUAGCUAUCAAAAGAUAUUCUAAAACACAGUGGCAGUGGGUGAGUAGUUGUUGAAUUUGACCGCAGGGACCACACAGCAUAUCGGAAACUUUACUCUUCCCUUCUUACCCCUGGUUAAGACGACCGUAAUCAUGUGCGCAUUACUUGGUAACAAUCGACUUGACACAGUUUUCGACGCCGCGAUACGAUCUUAAGAACAGAUUGGGUUACGGCCAUUUUCACUCUACGAGCUAUUGUGACAGCGAAUACCCUUUUGAAAUGGGAGUUCAAAUCAUCGAAUAAAAAAAUAAUCCGGUCCCUAUACAGCAAUGCUUACAUUAGGCUCACACCUAUGUCAUGACCGCAUUUGAUCUUUUCCAACGCUUGCCGUGUAGCUGUACAACUGCUGUACGUUUUCAUCCGCGAUAAACCUCAAUGAUGAUUAGGUGUUCAGACCACAAGUGCUUUAAAACUAAUUGUAGGACAUGUACUAAUGAGAGAAGACCCAAAAGUCUGGCUUUACUCUUGCGCAAUCGACGUUGCCGUGAAAAUUUCCGCGAGAGUCCUUAAUCGUAUUAUCUUCGCAGCAGACCAUGGGCCGGGAAAGAAUUGGGGCAGUUUCCGCCCUGGCAGAGUCAGUCCACAAAAGGUAUCUGAUAGGCCAUGAAGGCUGGCGGCAUGUUCCUAAAGCUCAUGUAAUUGAUAAAGACGCAUAUCAAACUGCAAAAAAUUUAGAGAAUAUAGUGAAGAGAACCACUAUUCCUCCACCAACGCCGGUGUCCACCAAGGCCGUGUCCGCUGGCCAUUUCUCUUUCACUUUGCGGUGGAUUUUAUUCUGUCCGUAGCACUCCACGACCAUGACACCUAGGAAGAGAAACCUUCCCGAUGGUAUCACCCCCUCGGAAGUGUCUUGAUCGCAUAGUUGUCGUGAUCCACAAUCUCAGUCUAAAGCUGAUCGCUGUGAAACCCAAGCACUGCUCGACGAAUUCAUACCGCAAGAGAAUGAUCUUCCUGGUUGCCGAGAGGCUCGAGGACGUCGAGGGCCUCGCCUGCCUAAGUCCCGCUAGGUUCCCGACAGCUGAGAUUCGAAUGGUACAGCAGUCAUUUACGACACAUAUGAGUUGCUGACUCGGGAGAUGCCAGUGGUCGUACCGCCAGGUUCAGCAAAAGGAAGUAUCCGUGUACAAGGCUAAAUUGAGAAGCUCACGGCCCCGUAGCUGUGAACCUAGGCCGCUACUUGCUGUUGGCCCAAAGAAAACAGAUUUUCGCCAAUUGGAGCUUCCGGAUAAGACCGGCCUCGGUAAAUGAACUGCAUACUCAAUACUGUCCCACCGAUCAGGGACACCUGCUACUGGUACGGCAAAGGGACGCAGUCCCAGAUGUUUCGAUUGUGAACUCUGUUGCCUAAAGAGAAGCUCUUUUACCGCACCCAUCCUCCGAACUCCUGUGUAAGUUGCCUCCUCCGUCUUCGUCUUAGCUCACUAAGGAGUCACGCCCGGCUCGAUGGUCUUUCGUGUGCGGGACUGAAACGCUGAAAAACAUUUGGCAUGGCCCCCGUCGGUGAUCGCAGGGUCGUGGACUCCGUAACCGGUUAAGCUAGUCUUGAUGCGGCCUGGUACAAGUGGAAGUUCCCCUCUUGCCCCAUUUUAACAUGUCGAGUCCUUUCAGGUAGAAUUCGCGAGCAAUGAAAAAGUUCUUUACCUUGAAGAAGGAGAUACGGUCGCAGGGACAAGAGCUUUAUUAGUCUGGUGUUUCGGAUUCCUGCUCGAAUCCAUCAUCAGAGACAACAGCAGAUACGGGUGAUUCACACACAAAGGGCUGCAGUAUUUAUAGGAUGCAGUCGCCAUGCUACCGCAUACCUAUGAUCAUUCACGGCUCCCCCUUCAUCAGAGAUCGUUGCACGUGGCUUGAUGGCCGACAUUCGCGUCGUUAAUUGCUACAAUUUCAUUACAUGCGUUGGAUGUUGGUGUGAUGAUUGCUCGAUCAUCUGACGCGCUGACCCUUGUCUUGGGAAAAGUGUUCACCUUUGCGCUCCCUGCGUGGCCAAUUACCCCGCCUGGGCAAAGUCUCAGCUCCGAGUAUGGGAUGGGAAGUUCAUUGCACUUGUUAAUUGACUGGGGGCCAGUAAACCAUAAUUCAAGUAGCUCCCGGCUCACGCGGUUGUCACCUCUUGCGAGAAUUUCAGCCUCGUCGAAUUUGAAUGUGUAGCCGGACCCCGUCGAAUGAGCCGCAACUUGAGAGCUGGCGUCAUUUCUCCGCACCGCUGCAGCGUGUUCGGCCAUUCGCGUUUGGAGUUAUCUUUCGGUUUCCCCGACGUAGUUGCUUUGUCCGCAACUGAACCAGAUCCGAUAAACGACUCCAGACGUUUCUAGCCGUGGCAGCGCGUCUUUCGGUUUCAUUACCAGAGGCCUGAUGGUUGCCUCCGGUCUGUGUGCAACUCCAACCCCAAGUGGUGCGAGAAGGCGGCCGACAGCUUUCGAAACGUUCUUGACAUACGGGAGCGCCCGCCAAGAUUUGGUGUCCGUGUGGUUAGACCUUUCGUCCCUUUUGCGUAUGCACCGGUCCUUAACCACAGUUUUUCCACUUGAGGCGCAGGUUAAAUAUGAAGGAAAUACUAUUUCUCCAGUUUCCAACUGAUCCCCUUCAUGCUUUCUCAACAACAUAUAUUACAGUGACAUUAAGAUAGCAGUUCCCUGCGUACCCUUUCUAGAUACAUUUUAUAAGGGUCUUCCUGCUAGGACAUUCUUGCACUCAAGUGUCGGCGAUUUCUUGCCCAAAGGAUUUUAACGCCAUAUUGCCUUCGCGGACUGUUGUCCCUCAGUUACGUGGCAUUGUCGCCUUACUUAUUUUUAUAUACCGACUUUUCGACCAACGCCUCGCGUUGCCCCGUCAUUUUGGCUUUAGUACACCUCAGUACCCUUUGGUAGGCCGUUCAUAUUAAACCUAACGUACUCUCUAUAAGCAGUCACCCUCCAGUCUUCAGUGUGAUGCUGCCUAGUAAUGCGGCUACGCAGUUGGCUGGUGGCUACACCGCGCACAUGGAUCGGUAUACCGUAAAUUUUCCGGCGUCCUAUUUUUAAAUGCCGUGAGUUCCACAGAGUCUGUGUAGACCGUCGUUUAAAUAACGAGGUGGUUCACUUAGGGAGAUCUGUUCUACCGAUCUGGCCACUCUUUUUUACUAGGGUAUCCGACAUUUUAGGAGUUUCUGUAAGUGUGUGGUAGAUGGCUCAAGCCCAUACAGGAGUCAUGCUGAAAAUUGUCCUGGUUUCGAUGGUAGCUUUUUGUGGACCGGCCUUUUAUUAAAAGUCUACGAGCACAGCUUAGGCAGACAGAAGAUGCAGUAGUCAAACUCACUCAUAGACUUUUGGCGAAUUUUCUUUCUGCUUACAGAAACAUGUGUCCGAUUGCGUUUGAGUCUUUGAUUACCUAACUUGGGAAUUUUGCCAGCUGCGGGAUCCGCACGAAUUUAUUUCUUUUCUCACAGGGCCGGAUUGCGUAGUCGUCUUUUAGUAGUUAACUGGGCGUUGCCGCAAUGUCAUCCAUAUGAUGUCUGAAAAGCCCAAUUUUGUGCUCAACACACAGUUUCCACGACCCAGGAAAGCAGGUUCUCGCUAGCCUAGUGUCAGAUGAUGAAACGGCCAUCAGCGAAGUUUGGCUGCGAAAUAAGCAGAUUCUUUGGUCUGACGAAUAAACUGUCGCGGACCAGCAGCGAAGGUGCCGUUAGGGCGCGGAGAGCUGACGUCUGACAUGUCGACUGCCUUAUAAAAUACCGCGAAGCCCGAUGACAAUACUGCGACGUGGCGACCGUGGACUUCCAUUUAGUAAGCUUGCUCGUUACGGGUGACUUGUGGUUAGUCCCUUGAGCCAAAACUCUUGAGGAAGCAACCUUGAACCGACAAUCCGAUCGACUGUUGCGGACUCGUACUUAAAAGUUCGAAGGGGCCUUAUAACAAAAUGUUCGACUCAACUAUGACAGCCAAUACUAAGACGUCCGCGGGAAACAGUGCGCUCUGCAGUCAUGUUCUUGUAGCGCGAACGAAUAUUAUGCGAGUUGGGAUAUUUGCUGAAGAAUGAACUCUUGCUAUUGGAUGUUGGCAUGUGCGAACGUUUCUGGACUCUCCUACCUAACGUCAGACUGCGCGUAGCCUUUAUCCGUACAACGUGAAUGUCUAUCGCUUUACCGGGUCCACGACUCGGGGCCUCGAAAACUAAGAUGCCCGAGCUAACUCCCACGUCACCCUGUCUCACAGCGGCUCAUGAGGCUUCUGGUAGACGCGAUGCAACCGUUGACCUCUCGUGACAAGCAAACAAUGUAUCGAUUGAAUGGGCACUAGUCAUUGACCGCCCAGCCUGCGUACAAAUGAAGGAUCACUUUACGUGCACCUCUGUCGUUUCCGUGUAUGCACGAACCUACUCAUUUCAGCUGCAUGGACUGUUUGAAGGACCCCCCACCGUAAUAUACGGAUUGUUGUCGGAGACUGGAUUGACCAAACUGGAUCUGGCAACUCUUUAAGUGGUCAUCUUGGGCCUAGCUGGAUGUGCCGAUGAUGGGAAUGCUAAGUUCUGCCGAUCAGAGGCUGCUGUUUGUCACCAGUACAUGCUUCCAGCAGCUGGCAGCCCGGAGAGGACGGUAUUAUCGUUCAAGGGGAGUGGAUGGCAUUCUCGCUAAAGUUGAGGCACCCUGGUUACCCGGCUCCAUGAGGUGAGCCAGUAGGGCUGGGAGAUGAGCUCGUUUCUUAGGACUUUCAGGCGUCCUGGUUCUCGUGUUCAAAAAGUGGGAGGACUGCCACGGCAUAAGCCUAAUCGAUGUUGUUGCAGUGGUCUUCGCGGUAGUCAUUUUUAGGCGAUUUCAGAGUUGACGUGACUCGAGGUUGAGACUCAAGCAAGCCGGGUUUCGAGUUGGGCGUGGAUGCGCCGACCAAAUAUCCACACUGCGGCACCUUAUUGAAUUCCACUAUGGCCAACUAGCAACUGAAGGCCGUCUGCUUUGUUGGCGUCGUCACAACUUUCGAUCCCGUCCAUUGUGAGUUUCUGUAACGAAUGGUGGAACUAGACGAGGUCGCAUUCUGCCACCACUUUUGUUCAACUGCGCCAUUAAUUGGACUCUCAAAAUAGUGCCACAUGGUUUUUAUGAUGUUGAAUUUGCACCUGGGCACCGGCGGAAUAAUAGCAACAACGCUUGCGAUAUCGCUCUGCCAGCCCCAAACCUCGAAAGUCUACGCGGAUUAGACUUCGGAGUCCGGUCCCGGAUCUUACCUAGAUGAGAAUUGCCAUAAAGGCGCAUCUCUAUGGAGGCGUCCCGAUCUUGCCCUCAAUUUGAAGUAUGACUGACUUAGUCCAUCGGUUGGCAGCAAUACGGUCCAAAACGUUUAACCGCAUGCUAGUUUAAGGCACAUUUGUUCGACUAUAAUGUGAAAACCAAGCACUGCAUUUGCGUCCUAUCUGUAUUAUUCUCCCCCUAUCACAUUGCACUUGUGGCUGGUCUGGGUUAAGCCGACUAGAAGUUGUGAGGCAGGCGGAGCGCAAUAGUUGACGAGGCGUAAGGUUUCUGUCUACUCUGAGCCACGCACAAGGGAAGGAUCGAACAGGCAUUCUUUUUUAGUUGAUCUUUUCUAACCACGAAUAUGGACUCUCGCAAUUACUUUAGCCCUCUAGUCUGAUUUUUUGUCGAAACCCAUGCUGUAUUUUUACGAACUAAGCAUCCCAUCGGUCAUCCGGUAGUGUUGUUCUCUGUCCUGCCAUUACAAGCCAGCGAUCGCCUGCAUUUAUCCUGUUGCCGCUCAUUGGUAAAGAUUGCAAACCCAUUCCCUUAACUUGACCAACUUAUCCGCCAGGUAGGUGUCCCAUGCCAUAUGUCGUAUGAUCAGCGAUCUUACCGUUAGAAAAUCGUUUAAAUUAGAGCUCUGUCGUGAAAACUUCCGCCUCCCCCUAAUUUAAAUGAUCUCGGCCAUGUCCGCCAUCAGGCUCCGACAACUCCAACUUAUUGCUCUCCGGCGUUCUAUUUAGCGGUCUUCGCGAAACAUCAGACACCUCGAACAUUUUCUCUAGAGAUAAUGACAUUCCAUUUGAAAGGUUACCGAUUUUAGAAAUCUCGAGGGCAUGUCCCUGCCGAAUUGACAAUGGAAGGGCAAAAUCAUAGUCCAAAUAAAUGCUGCAUGCAGGGUCUUUACAAGUCAUAGGCUUGUCGCAAUAUCUGUUGCCACGUGUGCAGGGUAUUCUUGCUGCCAGUCCUCUUUUCCAGGCGCGAAUGGUUGACUUUGCGCGUUUGAGACGAACGAAAACUGGAAGCUUUCGACAACAUUUGCCUGAAAACCAUCAUUUGAAUGGUGUGUACUGACUUCCUCUCAAAUGAAAUGAUCCGGAAUCAGUGCGACAGCACCUGAGUAUCUUAGAUUAUCCAAGGCGUUUUAGGCAAUUCCUUCGUCGCCCGGCCCAUAAAUCCAGUGCUACAUCUCUACCUCUCUUAAUCCUACCAGAUUCGCGCGUAGACAGGAAUAUCUCGGCCGAAUUUUACGAUGUCUGCCAGUGACGAACAAUCGUGUGUUUGCCUAUACAAGCGAAGAUGCGAGUUCCAGAAACUAGUUGAUAAGAAGAAGACGAAGCGAUCACUGGAACAUGGGCUUUAUUCGUCUGACGUUUCGGAUUCUCACUUGAGCUCAUCAUCUGAGACAGUGGCAGGAACGAGUGCUUUGCAGUUUCCCCUUCCACUUCAAGUCCAUCCACUUCCCGUCCCUACAACUUGUAACAGACAGAUUAUUCUGAUGACCAAUGUCUGCGACCGCUUUUCUUGCACACAUUUUUGUCGCAAGAAAGAGCAAGCUGACAAUAUACUCUUGUUUUUGCCUAGGGUGCAAUCUGUUAUCCGCUCUGUACCGUCGCCUCAUCGGAUUGCAUCUCAGCAAUAUCGAGCCAUGUUCCGUUGGAAUCAAGCUCUCAGCUGGUUUCCAGAUAAUCGUACUUAACUACAUUGUAGUCGCUCUAUUGGCUUCCAUCUUUUGUGGCUUAAGUAGCGUAAUCUUGUGCAAAGGUUACCAACCUGAUUGGUUUCGCUACCACAACGAAAUUCUUAAGCGCACUUGGUUAUCCUGGCUUUCAAAGGAGUUUAUGGGUCCGUCACGGCACUGCGAAUUAUGUAAGGGUCUGUGUACUCAGUUAGUCUACCUUCCGGGUUACAUGUGCCGAAACUAGUGGUUUUUACAACUGGGAGUCAUCUCUCGAGUGAAGUACAAUGGCGUUUUCUUGCGUGAGGUAGUUGACGCCCAUUUUGAAAGCAUCGUGUGCAGAUCCCAGACCAUUCGAGUCAAACUGCGGUGUGGUCUGAGGGCGCUGUCCGUAAUCCGUUUUAUGGGGAUUAUUCUACAACCUUAAAAACGUCAUCCUCUGCCGAAUGUAAAUUAGAGGCAGUUGGCUCAUAAUCAGACCCAAUGCGGCCCAAGCGGACCCUAAAGAGAAUUUUUGUCCCUCUGUGUAUUGUCUUCACCACCUGAAUGAAUAGGAUGGUCCUGUUCACUUUUUUUACCAGCACAUACCAUGCGAGCAUUGUUUUUUGCGGGCUUUCAGUCAUUGCUUUUGCCACGUUAAAGUGAAUGCAUUCGGCUGACCUUCCGUGAAGAACUCGACAGCCAUCAAGUUUCUGUCUGAUUUAUGCAAAUGCUUGCUCAUUCUUCGUCAUCAAGCACGCUUGACAGACGCAGAGGGUGGAGUUUGUGACGCAGUUGCCGACAGGCGAUGCGAUUUUGCCGCUGAGAGUACCAGCAGCGCUAAUAUUAACUAGCACGGAGGCUGAUAGGACCCGAUCGUUUGAACAAGGAUUUUAUUCUCCUGUCGCAAUCACUUGAAUCCGUCAUCAGCGAAAGAGCAAAGGGUGAUAGUUCGACCGUCGUUGUCGACGAUAUCCACUGUGUGCUUUCCAGCAAGGUGAGAGUGGCAGUGGACUUGCACAGCAUCUGCCGCACUCAGGUUAGCAAAAGAAAGAGAUCAGGGUCGAUAAUCUGAGGAAAGGAAAGUGCUCACCGGAUCGGGGAACUCGUUUGGCUGACGUUUGUAAGAGCUUGCGUGGCUGUCCAUUAUCAAAGCGUCCAGUGCAAAAAUCGGUCAGAAUUUUGAAUAGACAACCGGAUUAGUUGGCCUUGGGCUGAUCGCUUUUUCUUCUUCUUUCGCUGCCUUGGCCUACUGGCCGUCGCUUGUGAGUGUUGGUGGCCUCCUGUAUUGUGUCGUCACCUCAGUGGGGGUUAGUUGCGUUUGCGUUCCCUUUUUGGGUGAAUUGGUGGACAGGCCGUGUUUGCUCGGUAGUCUUAGGCUCCGUAUGACCGUCUUGUCUUCGUCACGGCGUAUGUAGUGGCGUAGGACUUUAUAGGCCGAAGGAAGGCCUAGGUGCCCGCUGAUGAAGUUGGCAUUUGAGUACCAAGCCUCAAGCGUGAGAUUUUCUGUCCUUGAGGUGCCCCUGCCUAGGACGUCUGCUUCUUGAAAAUCAAAACUGACCAGUUUCCCCGAUGUGAGCCGCAAGCUGUGAGUUUGGGCCUGCUUUCCGAGUUGCCAGUUUGUGCUCAUGUAGGCGGGUCUGCAAUUUCCGUCCGGUUUUCCCAACGUAGUUGCAGUCUCCAUCGUUACAACGUGUUUGAUAGACAACUUCUGAGGUUUCAGUGGGUGGCAGUAUGUCUUUGGGUUGCAUCUAACAAUGAUCAAUUGUUGCCUGGGGUUGAUGGGCAAUGCCUAUUCUGGGGGGUUGUAAGAGUCGUGAAACCGCCUCGGAGACUCCUUUAAUGCAAGAAAUAGUCCUCCAGAUUCUCAACAAUUGUGCUCUUUCAAAACUUUGCUGUUACUGUGUUUGCGCUCCUCUAUCAGUCAGUUUUUAGAUCAUUCUAAACAACCUACACAAAGCAGAGGUACGUGACACACUCCCCUCAGAGGCUACCACAACGCAGUGCACCCUCCGAUCUUCCCUGAUCGAUCAGGACCUUCCUCGCUUCAGGCUAAUCAGCUGAGUGGAAACUGUCCGUCCGGACUGGAUGUCCGUAAUGACGAAUGCCGCACUUUUCAUUUACGAGCUGCACUAAUAGACGUGCCAGCUAGAUGCUCUGAAGCAACCUGAUCGGUCAGGGAAGAUCGGAGGAUGCACUGCGUUGUGGUAGCCCCUGCGGGGAGUGUGUCACAUACCUCUGCUUUGUGUAGGUUGUUAAGAAUGAUCUAAAAACUGACCUGACAGAGGAGCGCAAACACAGUAACAGCAAAGUUUUGAAAGAGCGCAACUGUUGAUAAAUCCCAUACGGUCCUACGACUUCAAAGCCACCAAUUUUUGGAUGAAAUUUAGACGAUCUUGCACAGGCGAGCCGGGUCCUUUGCGCGGCAGGGAGUAAAAGUGUGACAAGUUCUUAUCACAAAAUGGCUUAACAUUAAUGUCAAAUAAUAGGAAUGAGCAGAAAAUGCCUGUCCCACGAUUACAAGGCCACUCACAUUGUGACUCGACUGCUUGUAUCCACAGGGACGAAUAGUUCCCAUUUCGUCUCAUAAUUUUAGCUGAACACUUGCUCCUGCGAGUAAUCAAAAUUCCAGGUUCUGGCUCGUUCAAGGGAUUCCACGCCUGCUAAAGAGCCGCCGUCAGUCGACUUUUCGGCUAUUAAGUUCGAGUAAUGCAGUCCACCCGCCUGGAUAACAGUCCUCAUAGAUUCUCGCUAGAGGUAAUUUUCGCCGAAGCUCCCAAUAAACGCUUUAUGAUUCUACGAGUUGUCUAUAAACUCUAGCGCCAAAUCUCGUCCUCUGCUACUUCUUACCGGUAUCUCACAUUCCUUCUGCAUGGGCUCCGUAGCUCCUCUUCCCACCGGCUCGUUCCUUAUUACAGUACAUCUUUAAGAACUACAUUUUACUUAUUUACUAUGGUUUUCAGCCCCUCCAGGCGUCGUCCGAUCUCACUGCUGUUGAGGAUCCAUUGUACACAACGCCGAAAACCCACAACGCGUAAAAUCCGUCAGUUAUACUUCUCCAGACCUUCGUAAAGGCCAAAACUGGCAGACUUGUCUAAUUUGGGAACAGAUCUAUUGGUGCGUUCUCGCCUUGUUGUCGUCACGCUGCUGGGCGUUGCUUACAACCGCUUCAACCUCAACACAACGUAAUGUUUGCAUUGCGUUACAUUCCCAGUCCAGAUGCGAAGGAACGCGGACACAUUAGAUGACAAUGGCAGCGGGAUGCUCGCCGAUCGCGUUGCGAGGCACACUCGUCCCGUUAUGCCUAGGGACUCAACUGGGCCUCGCCAGCAGCCGCACAGCGGUUAGUAAUAGACCGUUGGACUUUUAACUAUCAGGUCGCAGGACCAAGCCUUAGGGGCCGCAAGGACUGGAGUUGGGUAUGACUGGCCGAUGACGGCCAAUAGACCGGCAAUGGCAAUUCCAGUCUCCCUUGUCUUUGUCGAUAAUGCUGCUCUAAAUCAGGUGGCGUUAUAGUUGUGGGACAGCAAUCUUUUGACCAUUCUUAUUGCCUUACACGAAACUGAACCAUUUUGUGAUAAAACCUUGCCCGCCUCCAUAUCCCGAGUAUUUUUAGAACUAACGAAAUUCCAGCUUUACGCUCUGAGGUUUGAGUCUUCAAAACCGCUGUCCAGUUGGGACGGUUGACGCUUUAUUUAGCGGGAUCUACUCGAACUUUAUUCCACCUGAUUACUUUGUGUUGAUAUCCGUCUGCGUAACAGGUAUUCUUACUCUACAGAUAACCAGAUGUAUGCAGUGUCCAAAGACGUCUUCGCCCACGGGAACUUGUUCGCCGUUGCCCACCGGACUAAGUCAGUCCGAUAACCCCGAGUGUCCGUGCUUUGUUGAUCGUCGGAGGUAGACGACUGUAGCUGGAAAAAAUCUCUAGUCGCACGUCGAGCCUCAAGUAGCUGGUUUAAGGCGCCAUCAACGGGACGGGUGUCAGGCGUAGAACACUGAAUGGAGUCGCUUAUCGCAAUGCCUCACUCUGAAAAUCAAUCAAAUAAUCAGGAACCAAGAUCGCCACGAAUAAUGAUACCGACUCAUAGUAACCGACUCACGCUUUACAAUUUGCGAGCGUCUGCAAGUUGGAUUGUGGAAGUUGUCUGUUUAAUCCUCCAGCUGGACGCCUGUUUUGUCCUUGCAUAUUUCGUAUAUUCCUACCAAAGGCUCCAUCCACAUGAGGUAUUUUACACUCCCCAAACCCACAUAAUUCAAAUCGCUUGGCCUAAUUAUCAUAGUAAGUAACUGUCAGUGCUGCCCUCGAAGCCCUCCUUUGAUGUGAGAUGUGGUCCCUUUCUAACCGCCGGAUUGCCCCACCUAACUGUGCUCGCACUGUUUUUGUUGAUUAGAUCAACAGCCACAACCAACCUACAGUGAGUGACCGAUCUCAUGAAAUGUUGGCUGGAAUUCUGAAAUGCGUUUUCGAUUAAGAAGGAUUACUUGGCCGCUGUUGUAAUACUGAUUAUCUUGCGGCAUAGUCUUAUAACAUUUCGGACUCAGCAGGAUGUCAGCUUUUGAAUACACUGCUUUCCAAUCUCCUGUUGAAACCGUACUCGGCAAAAAAAUGAGUACUUAUGUAGCAUGUACUUUUCCCGUUUAUUUUCGAUGGUCUUGCAAAUUCAAAUAUAUCUUAUAGAAACCAUAAACAAAAUAUGCGUUCUUUAAGUCACUUGAUAGGGAAUCACGUCUUCUUUAUAUUUUAUACUCAAGAAAUGAAUAUAAUUAGGUUUUAGGAAAGUUUUCUGAUUGCCGAAUAAUUUGGAGUCUGAUCAGCCGUUUCAUUAGCGCUUAGUGAUUUCAGUCUACGAGGUGCAUGCGUUCCGCGGAAGGAAAAUCACAUAUUUUUCUAUGCCAUUAAAAAGAUAUCAUACAGAGUCUUUAAAAUUUUGAAAUGGAUGCGGACUGUGCUGUACAUUUCAUGAGGAGCUGUGGUAAACGGCGAGGUACGAUGCUUUGUGAAUGGACAUUGCGAGGUCUUGAAAAAUCUCAUUAUUAGAAACUUUUUUAAAACCUACUUAUACCCCUUCAUUGAGUAUGAAAUAUAAAGAAGGCGUGAUUCCCUCUUAAUUGACUGAAAGAACGCAUAUUUUUGUUUAUGGUUUCUACAAGAUAUAUUUGAAUUCGCAAGACCAUCGAAAAUAAACGGGAAAAGUACAUGCUACUUAUGUAGUCAUUUUUUACCGAGUACGGUUUCUACAGGAGAUUGAAAAGCAGCGUAUUCAAAAGCUGACAUCCUGCUGAGUCCGAAAUGUUAUAAGAUUAUGCCACAAGAUAAUCAGUAUUACGACCGCGACUAAGUAAUCCUUCCUAAUCGAAAACGCAUUUCAGAAUUUCAGCCAACAUUUCAUGAGACCCGUCACUCACUGUAACUUUGUGACGAGUUCAGUCGCGCAUUGGACUCACGUCUUUUUCUACUGUCUGCUUUGUCGUAUUUGUUGGAGCUGUAUGGACCGUCUGACUGACGCCUGUCAACGGCUGUGAGCCAUCUCUUGGGUCAGGUGUUCAUAUUCUGUGCGGUACUGGGCUGAACACAACUAAAAGUUCAGGCAGGAGUAACCACACAUUGACCUUUUUGGCCCCAUAGAACAACCAGUCUCCAAAGUUAGUGGCGAAAAUCAAGAACGAGCGACCAAGCAGGUAAAAAACCCAGCAGGGAAGCAGAAAAGGCAGAGGCACAAAGGCAGGCGCUGACUGAAACAGCGAGAGUUCUGAACCUGUUAGUGCCUUCUGCAGGCAAAGCCGACAAUCGAGGAUAAAACGCUCUGCAUAUACACAACGCACUUGACCCACAGGCUAAGCCUAUCCGAGGGGUUCGCAGCAUCCCCCAACCAAAACUUCACUGCCGUCUCCCAGUGAGCUGGAAGUACAUUGGAAUGUAUUCGAUGCGCUUCAGUCGGCUGGGCGGGUAACUUGACCCAAAUGUGAUUAAACUCACGUCUUCCGGUGGGGCCUCGUAGCUCAGGUCACUAGAGCGUUGACUGUACUAAAGCCUUCCCCUUGCUGUCGUGGGUUCGAAUCCCACCGAGGCGCCGAGUUUUUCACAAUUGUGUCAAUAUGAACUAUAAAACAAUGUUUUGACGAGGGAUUUAGCGACAGACACCGAAGUGCCAUCUGAGGUGCUUAGCGACCUUGUCGGAAGAAUUAACAGGUGAGUAAUUAAGGAUGUAGAACGGAGAAAAUGAGCUGGACACGAUCGUAAGGCCAUCACUCUGGGUGGUGGGGGGACAGAGUGGGUGAAGGAAGCAACGAAUUUAGCACCCGCUGGACUUGUCUUUCCCCUUCUAUCACAUGCUCUUUCUUUUAACUCUUAGACGAAAUUUGGAGACGUUAUGAUGAAUUCUAUCCGUAGGAUUCAACGAAGUCCUUUAACUGACAUUUGCCAUUUAUGCGCUACCUCUGAGAGGGCCCCGCACACCACUACUCACAACUGCUCAUUCACAGUUAUUUCAUCCGCACUGGUCUUGACAGGGGAUCAUGUUUUUGGAGUCCAUCAUUCGUUUUCCUGUACUCUUGAUUCAUUUUAAAAUUUAGUCCUGUUAAAGAAGUUGGCCAUAGUCACGUUUGGAAGGCGCGUACUGCGGGCAAUAUCUAAGAUACACAAUCAGCGGGACGCGUAUAGGCAGUGUGACAAAAUCUGUGUACGAGUCCGAGAGUAGACGCCUUCACGACAUUAGAACACAACCAAAACGCGCGAGGAGGGGAUGAGAGUGUAGUAGUGAGUUUGACAUACGAUAAUGUAGUGACAGGGCGGGGACUCUUUUGACAGCUUGCAAUACUUUUUUUGUCGAGCUAUAGGAAGGGGUAACCUGCGGCGUGACAUUCAGUGCAAGAUCGAUCGAUUUUAUCAAGACAGAUCUCUCCGCUUGUCCAAAGAGCCGCUCCCCACCUUUACUGCCUACUGGCAAUUAAGUUGGCGUAGGUAUAUUUGCAGUUCAUUCUUUCGACCGAAUCCUUUCCUCGAUCGGCCCGACUCAGGCAGUCUGUUGGCACGUGGGUGAGGCAAAUGUCUGUACGGUCAACGGCGGAGCCCAAAUCCUUAUGUAUAAUCGGCGCUGUUUUUAAGCUAUUAAGGGUGUUUAGGAGGUUCCCAACUGACGUUAUAACUCGCUUCUCGAUCCCUCUCCCGACUGAUGCUCAUGCCAUGGUGGUUCUUUUGUGUAGCCUCUGUGGCAUCUCUCCUAAUGUGAAACUCAUGGCCCUCCAUCAUUAGGUUAGUUCAUGUGGGACGGGUACUAGCAGGUGUCGGCUAAUUCCACCUUGUCAUCCACCCUGUCCCUGUCCCUGCCCAUUUCCUGUCAUAUGGAUUCUGCUCUUCUAUUAGAACACAGAGUAUGAGAGAGAGAGAGAGAGAGAGAGAGAGAGAGAGAGAGAUCAGGUGAGACAGAUGCCGCUGAAGUCUGCUCUACAACAGUGGUCAUUCUUGUUGCUUACGAUGGACAAACUGUUAACUAGUUAUACCAGAGCUCGUCCAUGUGGUUCCUCUGAUUGUGGCCAUACGGCACUCGAGGUCCGAACUUUCAUCGUUUCCAUGCUGUUUUGUUGGUUACAGCACGAUGCUUGUAUUGUAUUUAUCGUCUUCUUUCUAUGCUAGCACCAUUAUCUUUUUACAACACCCCUUCCACUGAACACAGAUUCUCUUGCUGCGGAGGCAAGACGGGAAGUCAUUUGCCACCUUCUCUAGAAAGCAAGCUCUUAUACUCUUCCCGUGAUCACGAUUCCAAGUUCUACUAGGUUUAACCACAAAUAUUCGCCCGAUUUACUUUCAGGACCUUGUUCUACUUGUCUUAUUUUUUUAGACCGUCAGAAAUCAACCACAGCAGCCGAUUCCUCGUCAAGGACCCUUCGUUCAAAGCCACCUUCCGUACGCCGGUCGGCAUUGGAGGACCGUGGUAAGUAGGCGUGUACAUCCUUUUGACCUCGCAUGAGCGCAUUUCUCCAAGAACAUCUUGUGUAUGCUACUACGCCAUAUGGCGGUUGAGCUUGUUCUUUUUCUCGGUCCCGGUUGCUCAUGCACCGUACUUGAUGAGAACAGGCAAAGUGAUGACGUCUAUCCCAGUAGGUCUAUACUGAAGACGACUUGCGUCGCUGGUACCUCAUGCUUCUCGCACUCGUCAUGUUUUAAUUCAGUGUGGCCUGAAGCCAGGGUGGCUGCAGUGACUGACGUGGCAAAAGCAAAGUCUACAUCUGCCACACGUGCUGAUCAAAUUAAUCACACGAUGUGGACUUUAAGAUCAGGAUCCCACCUCUCUAGUUGACGAGACUUACCAAAAAGGUCGCACCAGGAGUCAAUCCACUUGAAGACCGACUUAUCCUGUCAGUUGGCAGCCUUCCGUGGUACUGGUGUAACGCGCCACAAUAGCUUCAAGCGAGGAAAGCACGCGCGGGAUCCACGUUGGACCGACCUAAUCUUCUCCCUCUUCCGGUUUUGCGCCAGCGGGAUGACCUAUUCAAGCUGACUGGAGGAGGGAUCGGGCUCGGCAGUUGGCGUGGCCAAAAGACCCCUUUUGGCGGAGAUAACCACAACUUCUGAUUUACAACUCGCGCAUGCAACCUAUCCAACGCACAAGUAAAACCAACUUCGGGUGAUCUUUGCGCGCUGUGACGUUAGUACAUGGUUCCACCUAGGAAGGCGGGUAAGGAGGACUUUCUGUUUGGUCUUUCCUCUCACGGCACAAGUCCUACUGUGUAUGUGUGUUGUCGUUAGAACCACCCGCCUAUUCUCCGUAGGAAGUCAGAAAGCCAUGUGACGGUGUGAAUGGGAUGUGCGAUUUCGACUGUAUGGCUAUGAGCCGCCACUAUGCUCACACGCCUCCCACUGGUUUAUAAGCUCGUUGCCUAGAACAGUCUAUGAUCACUGUCAGCUUUUGAGACCCAGAUGUCCAACCUACACGGCAGUAUCGAUCUAUUUCAUCAACUAUAAACCUCACCAUUCACUCCCGUGGAGAUGACGGGCCAAAACAAGUUAACACCGAUCGCCAUUGAUUGUUAAGGCCAUUCUUUAUUAGAGCAAGUACUAACAUUAAUCCACUACUUCCUAUGCUUAUUUGGCUGUUGUCGGUCGAAUUGGCCAGUCAUUCUAUGCCUCGGUAGAACAGACGGAUUGCGGGAUGUGAUGGUGAAUUUUGUUUCCUCUCUGCUAUAUUGGUGAGCUGUACUGGGGAUUACCGGUCAGAAAUCCGCGCCUUCAUUUCACCGUGGCCAGCUGGGCGAUUUUACGGCCCGUGUCCGGACUCUUACCUCGCGCGCUGUAGUAAACUCGCCCAUCUCACGCAGUUAGUCAUCCAGUAAGCUGGCGAACUCAUCCUUGUCGCGGAAGGCAAACAACAGGGAGUUCUACUUGCAUCCGCUUUGGAUAAGUAACUCCUCUCAUGUGCCUUGCUGCGUAACGAGAUCAGACCAAAGCACACCACAGGGAGACGUAAUUCCUCUGCCAAAACUGAACAGGAGUCGAGGAUGCCAGUUCGCUGCCGAUGACGAGACGAGUUAUAGGCCUCUUGAUGGAGGUCGAUGUGGCAACCGAGGCGCAGUGGCACGAUGGACCCGUGUGGACUGGCAAAAGUUUGUCUCUGAGUACGUGUGCGUGUUGCAGCCGUUGGUUAAGAGACUCGUGACCCCAAAACUGGCCACGUGGUAGAUGCGCUAGACCAAGACGGGGGCCACAUUGGAUACUGGCAGGCGUUAUCGAAUUGCGCCCCAUAACAAAUGCCAACUUUUGGGGGGCGUGAUGGCAAACCCAGUUACCGACUGACGUCGCUGCCCUCCAUAUUGUUGUUGUUGUUGUUGGUCAAAAUCCUGGUCAUCUGCUGUUUGGACCAGGGGGUAUGGAGUGGAGCGCCAAGGUGCGGGCUCGACCGUACCAUCCACCGGCGCCCUCCACCGCCCCCGGUCUUCUUGAAUGUCUGGACACCGGAUCCAGAUAGGGGAGGAGGAGAGAGUGCGGUAGAUGGUGUGCAGGUCUGCUAUCACUACAAACUAAUCCACGUGCAAGUCACCUUGCUGUGGAGCACACGGUGGACAUCGUCGGCAACGGAUGUUCGAACUGUCGGUUGAGUGGCUCGGACAGUGUACUGGGGUAUUGGAGAAGGACGAGAGAGUAAUGUUGACACUGAGGAAUCUAUCUUCAUGGUCGACCAGCGCAUAAAUCGGACUCGCUCUGAUGUAUCCUGACACACUAACAACCUUGGCUUGAAAGGCGGCCAACUGACGUGAUAAGUCGGUUCCUCGGCCUGCAGUGGCCUCUUACUGUGGCUUGUGAGGCACUUUAACCACAUAAGAUCCGAGCCGCGCUGACAUGUAUUGGGGAACAGGUCGUGUGUGGCACACGCGGACGGGCUGUUUAGCUUUACCAGUCGCUGCACUCUCGCCCACCUCAUGUCGUCCUGAUAUCGUCUCGCCAUCGGAGCAGAGUGGGUGAGGGAAGAGUGCGAUAGAUGCGCCAAGGUUGCUAAAACCAGAAUGAGGGCAUCCGUCAUGCUGCACUGAAAUCCAGCCCGAAGGUGGGCAGUUGGACUGUCAGUUGGACUUUUUUCAAACCUGCGACUUAUUACUACUCAACGAUGACUCGAAGACGCGUCAGCAUGUUAUAGUGCAGUGAGAUCGCGCCAAAUCGGUCUCCUUCAUCCCACUCUGGUUGGCCGCCAGUGCGAAGAAUGAGUCAUGCCGCCUGGAGAUUAGAUGCGAUGAAACAGUCAAAGGGUAUGAAGCUGCUCUCUCGCAUGCCAUGCGCUCGUUUGUCUCCGUUUAUGACUGCAGUGACAGCAAUACCUGACCCAACAACGACAGUAGUAGCAGCCGUUGUCGUAAAUCCCACACUCAUUUCUUCUCUUCUGAUAUUUGCCAAAUUUAACUGCUGUGCCUAGGCGAGUCGGCAGAAUCUUUGGCCGACAUAACGUUUGGUCUAGUUGAAAUUGUAUACUAGGCUCGCUGGAUCUGCAUAAGGAAGAUGGUGCAGCUGAUCGCCGAACUACGGUCUUUUGUGUUUUGUGUAAUUAAUUACGCUGACCGACUGUUGCUGCUGCUUCUGCCACCACAUUGGCGUUCCCCUUUCGUCCUGGCGGCUAUCUGUGCAUUAAAUAUGCCAGGCGACUGCUUUUCCCCACCGUCGUAGGCACCGGCACACUGGUGCGUGUGUGAUCUCCCGUGCACACAUCCUCGCUCCGAGGACAUGCCCUUUCUGCCUCAUCUGUUACCCCCUCCCCCUUUUACGUGCGUGUUCGCAAAUGAAUCCCUCAAAUCAAUUCCCGGUCUGUUCGAAUGCGCUGUUGCCGCAAGCGCCUGUCGUGUUUACUUAUUCACACUAAUGCGACACCAGGAGGAGGCCCACUGUCUUGUACCUUGUUUGCAGUUUCUUCGGAUGUGUGCGGGUCAGCACUGGUGAAUUUUAGCAUUCGGUGGCAGCGGGCUGUUAAUUUUUGUCUCAGAGCGCACUUGUGUGGUUUUUCACAAGGCGGCUACUUCAUGGAAGUCUCAGUGUGGGCCUCACUGAAUGCGUGCGAGAACAUCUUUCAUUUGUCUUGCUCAUUUGAGGCCGCAGUCUGAGUCAUCCUCCAACGGGACCGCAAGAUGUCUGGGCCCUGUUCCGCUCGGAUCCGUUGCAGCUGCAACUGUUGACUAUUGUGCGCUUGCGCCUUUCACCACUUGCUGACCACGUGCCAAACCUGCUUAUGCUCCACCCACCAUCUGAACGCACUCCCUCCCACUCCGGCUCGCCGGUGCCGCAAUGCGCACACCUCCGGUUGUAUAACCACGUGCUCUGUCAACUGUGCAUUCUACCCAUCCAUAAACGCACUUUUUGAGACGUCAUUCGGGUUCGAUGCUCUCCCUGUAAGAUUUCCACUGUUAGCCUAAGCCUUGUGGUUCCUUUACCUUUCUGACUUCGGUACUCCGUGGCCAGCGUCAGGCUAUACUUCACCGGGGGUUCCUUAUGACAACUAAACGGCCUCGGGUUUGGUCUCUGCAGUACCCCCGCGUUCGUUGUCUUUUUCUUGCUUUUUCGCUGAUCUACACGAGUACCACAGUAGGCCAACCCUUUUAUUUUGGCCCUUUGCCACAAGGGUAGCACUUCGGUUCAGGGUUCUGGGCGUUGCAAGCCCUCCAACGUCUCAUGGCUGUCCGGCCGAUCUAACAGCCAAAGUCAUUUAUCCCACCGAUGAACCCCACACCGCACCCACGGCACUUGUGGGUGUGGCGUGGGAUGUCGUGGAUGGGGUGUUCAGUUGUGUUUGCCCUAGCUGGCACAGCAACACAGCGCCGCAAUGGUUCGAAUUCACUGUCCGCCUCGAACUAGCCUGUGCCUUUUCAUGGGGUCUCACGCAAGACAGAGCCACUUCCCACACCCCUCCCACAGCCUUUUUAGAUUUUCGAAAUAUAGUCCUGAAUAAACUCAAACCCGUGUUUUUUGAAUCGCCGUUAUAAUUACAAUGUCACCAAAAAUCAUCUGCCACUUUCCUCAUGUCCAUCCAGGUCUCUACGAUGUUAGUGAGCGGGACGAGGAGGAUCGACCGGAUUCCCCCCUCAGCCUCGAUUCUGGAGAAACUACAAAACCCAGUCACGCAGAACCAGUGAGUAUCCUCUCCACCCCCCUCUCUCAAGUUCUUUUCCUCACUGUGCGUUGUGAUGCCUCCAGUUGUUCCAAUAGAGGACUGAUACUAUCAGACUGUUGUUAACGUUCUUACCCUCACCGUCAGCGUUACAAUCGAUCCAACACAGAGCCUCUUCACUUUGUCUCCACGGCGACCCUGCCCGUUGUUGCCCCAAUCAAAACCAUCACCACCACCACGGUAACUACUCGCUCACGGCCAUCGUCUACGGACAACCGUGGCGCCAUUUCGAACAAACCUACAGUUGGUGGGGUCGCACGUACUCCUGCCCACUCUGGUAGAUUUCGUUCCCCCUCGAUUGCAUGUGCUCGCAUAUUUGAGCGCCACGAAUCUUCUGUCAUUGAAAAGCAUGAAAAUCGAUGGAGUUUAUGCCCCAGCAAGCAUCUUUAACGCCCUUUCGACCGGUCACCCUAAUCAGGUCAAAACCCCAAGUCCAUCUUUGGGAUGGGCAAUACCAUAACCAUGGAGUUGUCACUGGUGCAUGUGGCCUGUUGCCUCUUACCUCCCUCGUAGCUCCCGCUUGAUCGCCAAUUUGUUUCACCAGAUGCCUACACCGACUUGUUCGUUACCUGCUCUCAGUAUCACAAGGUACGCCCACUUGACGAAGGUCGAGGGAAUUUCGGUUCCAAGUGGGGGGUGGGGGGGGGGACACACCCAGUGACCGAACUCCUGAAGUGCUAAACGAAAUGCUGCAAUGCGUUUUCCAUUAGUGGGGUCAUGCCAUUUAUAAUCGUGAAGCCGAAUCCCAAGAUAGUUCAGACACACCAGGAUGCUGGCUUUUGAACGAACUUCUUUUAGGCCACCUGCAAAACCUGCACUCGACGAUUAGGACUACUUAAGCAGUGUGCAUUGUUCAUUAAUUUUCGAUGCCCUUAUGAAUCCAGCUAUCUUUUCUUAUGCUAAUUUGGUAGCAAAUCACGUCUCCUUUAAAUGUGACAUUCGAACAAAAGAGCAUCUUCCAGUUUUGAAAAAAGUGUUUUAAUUCUCGAAUAAUUCUGAACAUGACUUGUCGUUGCAUCUGUGUCUAGGGUUUACUCUCUAGGCUAUGUAGUUUCCAUGCAAGGAAAAUCAACCAUUCCGGUGUGACAGUGGAAAGAUAGUAAUUGGAACUCCUAAAAUGAAUGCGGUCUAUGUUGUAGCGUUAAUAAACAGACAGAUGCGGUUAUGUUUGAAUAAGCAUUGCAGGGUCAUAAAAAAUCUCAUAAUUACAAACUUUUAAAACCUAAAGGUACCAUUUCCUCGAGUAUAAAAUUUGAAGAAGACGUGAUUUCCUGCCGAUUGAGUGCAGGAAAGGGUAUCUCCAUGCACGUUUUCUAUAAAACAUAUUUAGAUUUAUAAGGGCAUCGAAAACCAGUGGGAAAAUGCUUACCGAGCGCAGUUGUUUUUGCGGGCGACGGAAAAUACAUGCAUUCAAAAGUCGGCAUCCUGGCGUAUGUGAACUAUCCUGGGAUUAGGCUACAGGAUCUCAAACAGUGCAACCCACUUAAGCAGUCUUUCCUAGUAAGAAACACAUUUUAACAUUUAGUUUAACAUUUCAUGAAGUAGGUCACUGUUUGUAGUUAUUCCAGACAAUUGUACGUUUUUACUGCUCUUUUGCUGUUUGUGUGUUAAAACUAAGAAAGAUCUUGGUUGAUGUUAUUUAACAAGCACACGCGAUCCUUUUCCCACCGCUGACUCAACAUGCAAUCGCCUGGUGUUCAGGUAAAAGUAUCUCCGGCAGUCUUAGUUUUAAUUUGUUUCUUCGCGUUGUGUAUACUUCGGUGUGCUGCCCAGACAAGUUAAACCGUCUUAAUUAUUUUCUCAAUACCGGCCCUCAAAAAAGUCCGGAUUCCGCACUUACGCAACUCCGAAUUCCCUUACCGGUCAGACCGGUCGCGGUUUAAGCACAAGGUCUCUUGCUCUGUAUGUGUGCGCAGAACGCCGUUAAUAAGUAGGUAUGUGCAUACAACUCGCCAUGGCGACUCACAUUGAGGGGGAGGCUAAAGCUAUUAAAGUAUUGCUCUGUGGGGUGACAGACUCCGCACAUGUGGAGGAAGGCCGCUGUGCUACCGUUCACGUGCAGUUGUCUUGACCUUGUUAUGGUGGCACGAGGAAUGUGGAAAAAAAUUACCGUGGCGGUGGGGCUGAAGUCUCAACUCUAAUCCAUGUUACUUGAAAGUCACCUUGUUACAGUGCCUGCCUUGGUAGUUUUCGGCCGAAGAAUGGUUACAUUCCCCAUUUGCUAUUCACAGAGUGUCAGCUCUACUGCCAAUAACCAACUCUCAAUGUGUCACGGAUCGUGUUUUGCAUGCCGCUCGCUUCCUUUAGUGAUUGUCUACCAAAUCAUCCGCAUGCACAGGAGUUCGUUUCUGGGCGCGCCAUUUGAAAGUUCAAUGGUCGCAUACUGUUAGCAACAAAGAAACGGAAAGGGGCCGAUCAUUUAUAGCCUAAUUAAUGUCAUCAGAGAGUCUAUCCGACUGACAACGACAAAUAAGGUGGAACUGACCUCCCCAAUCGUUCCGCCAGCUUCUUUGAGCAAUGUGCACCGAAAACCUCUUUUCAUUCCUACUAUAUCUACUCUGCCUAUAGUGGUUGCGGACGAUGUCAAUUACGGCGUCGCGGCGAAAUAUAUUGCUUAACAGCCUUCUUUCACAAACGUUAGAUUAAUUCGUAGGACUGCUUUUCCAACCUGAUCGCCGCUCUGGCUAGGUUUGUGCAGCACUCCCACUUCCCCCGGCGAAGGCAUUAUUUGUUGGCUUUGGAGUUUUCUCCUUUGGUGGGCGUCCAAGCUUUCUUAGAUUGUUUUUCGGCGCGGGUGGGGUAUGCAGCCCCCCUGGGUGGUUGUUCAAAAAUCUGCCUUUUCUUAUUUAAGUAGGUGUGGUUCAUAACGGUUUGUCUGAACUGGUCGCGAAAGGGGUUAUGCACUAGUGUUUUUGACGUUAAAGUUGCCCAUAUGUGGAGCUCAAGGAUAGGAUUAGGACUACGGUCAGGGUUAGAGUUAGGGAUAUUAUUUGGGUUAUUCUUAGGAAUAGGGUUGCUAAGCUUUAAUUAUGGUUUGGAUUUGCGGUUGAGGCUAGGAUUGGGCUUUAAAGCCUGUACCAAGGUUGCGGUUGCGUACAAGUUUUCCUUAAAGGCUUAAUGGUUAAGCAUUAGGGUUACCCAGGGGGAUCACAUGCCAUGCCUGUUUUUCCCUUUUGCAUUCUGCUUCGCUGGUAGCCUCGAAGAGACGGUCUGUCUUCAUUUCGCCGUAUUCGACCACGACAGCAAGGUUGAACUAGGGUUUACCUGAAUGUCACGCUCAGCAACUGACCCCGGCGAAUACUAUUCCGUAAACUUGUAUAAAACGGUUGGAUUGAUAAUUAACUAAGACUGCAGUCCUAUGGCAGUGUGGCCCAUGAGUCCGCUAUGUAUUCCGACCCGAUGCCAAUAACAGGUACCUGGUGAUUAAAUAAUGCGCCGUUGAUCGACUUCCUCAGCGCUCUAUGCGAAACACCCUGACGUUCAAGCGCUGUAAAUUGGACGCUCUCAUUCUUACGUUGGCAACCGGCAGUCUCAUUCUAUUUUAAUUUCUACAGAAUUAAUAAGCACCUGGAUGCGCCACUCUUAUUUUUUUCGAAAGUCGCUGCGAAGUUCGGCAACCGGCUAAGCUUAUUGCUCCUGUCGUCUACCCAUAUUUCCAGUCCUCCUCUGACCGACGGCGAAAAGUCAGCGUACGUUAUGUACGUGCACUCAUAAUCCCUCCACCUUUCGCUCUAUAUUUCAACUUUUUGCGUAUUCUUCUAAAAUCUAACUGACAGUUCGCUGUGUGGCUGAUCCUGCUUUUCCUUUUCCGCCUAAUUAUCCAUUUUUGACGUAACGCACCGGCUCUUUCACCCUCGUCCUACAUGCGACUUUGCCGUUUUUUGGUCUCCAUCCUGCAGAUUCAAGCGUCCCACAAGUCACAACGCUCCUCUCAUGUCCACUUUUAUGCAGCUCUCUUCUGGUCCGACAGAACAGGAAUGGGACCGUUUAUCGCAGCUCGAGAGCCAACAUUCUUCACAGUUAGCAUUCCUUUCAGUCCCAGCCCAGCACGAAUCUUAUAGUUGUGCCAAAUACCCCACCCGAGUGUUAAAGUCGAGCCAAUGGGAAUCUGCCGUCGCCUCUAUCGAAGGGGGGAGUGGAGGGAGAGGGGUAAUCGGCAAUGUUGAUUUAGAUAAAAAAAAAAGAGCUGGAUCGCUGAUUAUAUUCGAUCAGAAACCUUGAUGUAACAACGCUUAAACGAUCGAAAACUUACGAGGGACAAGAUCCAUGAGCUGGACCGGAAUUUUUCCAUUUAGCACAUCUGACUGCCUAAAAGACGCCAUCGACGUCAUCACCUAGUCUUUAAAGUAAAAUCAUCAUAGAGGAAAAGGGUAGCGGAUUUCGCAAAGUUGCCUGAACCCUGUUACUAUCAUGGGCAAAUUAUUGCCUGCCGGCUUGCCGUUUAAUCGACGACCUUCCCGCAUAGUUGCUUAGACAGGCAUGCCUUACCCCCCCCCCCCCCGUUUCUCCACAACUCAUUAAACCCACCGACCAACUUCACUAAUUUUAGGCAUUUUGUCCCCGGUAUGAACAGCAGAAUUUACUGGUACCAACCAACCCUUGCAGACAGUUCCGUGACUCAGAUGGUGACAACUGCGGCUAUGUCGACUUCAUGCACUAAAAACCUGUAUCCGGAAUCUGACACCCCAGCCGCUAAACUGCCACAAAAUUCACAACUGAAUGCAGUCUCCGCCUCCGAGGUUGGGCAUUUUGUUUAGGGGGACGACUGUUUUGUGUCCUCUGGACAUUCGUGUCGCCGAAGCGUCCUCAAAAUACGUCUUGUAGUAUAUUGUCAAUGCUCUAACCCCCCUCUAGAACGUUUAGAAACACCGCGACGUUAGUAAUAAACCUAACCAUCCACAAGUGAUUUCAAAUGUGCCUUUGAUCAUUCAACCAGACCGGCUCAAAGCCAAAGCCGGCAAACACACUUUUCGGAUUAUUCACCAUCAAGCCUGUACGGCAACAUGUGUCACGGUUGAGCUAUGAAAAGGGAAAAAAAGAAAGUAGGGCAGGGGGUUGUCGAGCUUGCCAAGCGGGAGGACUUGAUGAAGAUCUAAUUCCGAGGUAAAAGGACCGGAGAUGAGUGUCAUUGCGAUUCGUUUGCCUUCCGUCGAAAGAUGCGGAUAGGAGUAUAUGGGGCUCGACUUGGGCCAGUGUAACUUGGGGUCCUUAGCGAACUCCUGCGAAUACAAGGUUGGGUUUCCUGACCAUGUGGCCACCACCUCUGCAGUCGUUAUUAUCCUCUGACACAGGAAUUUGCUGUGUCUCGCCGGUACUUUGUGAUUCACUCCAAACGCUCUGCUGACGUCUACCCCAUAGCCUAUGUGAGCUAUAGGAGUCGCCAUUCCUCCGAGGAUAGACUAUCUCACGCCAUGAUUUGGCCAGGCAGGGUGAUGUUUUCGCAUCCGUUUUGGUAGGCGCCUAGUCCUUCGACAAACACAGCUGACUCCACAUGAAGGUGUAAAUGCACACUGGGUCUGUCUGAAGGGGCAGUUCGUUCCGACCUUUGAGGCGCGGAAGGGGAGCGCCUGAGAAAAUUAUUCCUAGCCGCUGGAUACAUGCGCACAAUAGCACAGUUCUAGGAGUACCGGUGCCGGGUUCCUUUGAAACGGUACUCUGAGGACUAGUUUCUUCUUUUUAACCUUGUAGUUGUUCGCUUUUUAUCUUUCUUCACUGCUCGCUGUGCUACUGACUUGCGUUACUAUGCAGACCUGGUAAUGAAUAACUGGAAACGUACGUUUGCCGACCUCGACUUUGAGCCGGUCUGGUUGCUGGACGGUUAACGGCGUAAAUACGGUUUCGGAAGAGUUUGCGUUUUUUGCGUAUGUGCACUUCUGCGCGUUCUUGUAGCAGGUCUGCGCGUGCGUGAGAGAGAGAGAGAGAGAGCGAGAGACCGCGCUGCCCAUAGUUAACGAAUGCGCGUCGUUACUCGCUGAUUUUUUUAAACCAUACUCAGACGAAGCCUGCUGUCUAGGGAGUCUCACCUUGUCCACCGUUUGUCCCUUAUUCCGCAAGCACUACAGGCGGUGAUUUCGUCCUUGUAUCGCCAGCCGGAGAGCAGUAGUCGUUUUCCUUCACUUAGCAGAUCGUUUUUUCACUGAGCCGUAGUUGGCCGUCUUACUGUUUUCGAGUUACGUCGCGCCCUGGCCUCGAUCCCUCGGCGACUAGAGAGUGCACUGCAUUUCCAGGUUUUGAUCAAGGGAAUUUUGCCACUCCGAGCAAGAACAGCCUCUUACGUAACCAAAAUGCUUGAUGUGAUGAACAUUCAAGGCUGUUUUCUAACUUAUUUCACCAGUCAUUCGCAGAAGUUUUUGGGUUAGCAUUGAGGGGGGGCCUGCUUCGAGUUGUUCCCACCUAAUUGCCCUCGUUCUUCAUUGUCGGUCUAGUGCCUAUUUUACCCCGCAGCAAGAAGGUAACACUGCACACUGCGUAGAUUUUUUGCUCUCUCCCCUUUCCCGUCUGUCUCUCAACUAGUGCGUGUGCGCUUACGUGUGCAAAGUCCCACCUCUUCACUCAACCCUAACAGUUAACACUGUCCUACGGGCUCUUUGUCGGCUAUUUUUUGCGUUAACGCGGCACUCACCAACUUUUCCAUUUUGUCCCAACUUCGACCGACUGCUCCUCUGUUCCGCGCCUGAUUAAUAUAGUUAGGAACGGGACACUUGUUCACGGAGCGUAUAAUAUCGCGACGUCUCGACAUUUGGUCGUAUAGACAUCGAUUUCACUCGGAGAUGGGAAACCCAAGAGCUUGUUCUCUUUAAUAUAGCUUGUUGCAUACCUGCUGUUCGUGGCUCUCACCGCAUUCGAUAUCCAUUGCGUUGCAAAUGUCUUCCAUGUCUAGCCAGUAUUGAAACAACUUCGUUAUGGGGACGCAAGUGUUGUGGGCAGCUGGCGGUUGAGCUCACGUGGCCACCGACAGAAAUGCUCUGUCGGCCAGCAGUAGCCACUGACACAACUGUAUUUUCUACAUCUCUCUUCUUUCCAAGAAUCUCUCCGGCGUCUGUGUCCUGCUUGGAGUCCAUUUAUCACAUCCUCUUGCACGUUUCUUCAUACGGACGCGCCGACGCAUCACUUAGACACAGAUCAGACUUCCAGUUUAUGCGCCCAAAUUACGAAUACUUUUAAAUCUUUUCCCUAUUUGUCAUUUUCGCAUCAUCCUGCACCUAGGGCACUAAGAACUCACCAGACUUUGUCGCAGUAAUUAUGCAGACAUUUGAUUUGUGCAACACCUGCCACAAUACCCGGUCCUACGUUAUUUCCCCUACCCAGCGACUCACAACACCUUCGCACAAUGGUAGGUCGUUGUCACCUGUUCUUCCCGAUGACCAUCCUUGUUGUCGCACCGUUGCUCUCCUCGCUGUGUCGCGGACACCAUAUUGUCGCAUCCUCAUCUCGGGUGACAAUUUUCUCCUCCCACUCGUCCUGCUGUAACUCUCUCAUGUGACCGGACCGCUGCCCGCUUAAUCAGAUUUUUUUCGUUUCAACUUUGCGGCAAGGACAUCAAACCCUGCAUGGCAGUCCGGAAGACCUUUAGAGAGUCUAGACCUUCCCGCAUCUGCGUUACGGACAAGGUCCUGUCACUUGAGAUCAGGAGUGUUCACUGUGGACUGCCACUCGCCGAUUUAUCAUGACCGCAGGACGAAAACAGGCAUUCCCACUUUGUUUAAGGUCAGCGAUGAUUCCCAUGCAGAUAUCUAAGAAGUCAAGUCCUGUAGGGUCGAACAAUCAGGCGUCAAUCUAAGCGGAUGCGAGAGCACCAUCCUGCCGGGCUAAAUCAACGUGCGAAAAAGUCCAUCUCUAGCGCAGUCGUGGCUCACUUGGCUGAUAGCGGCCACCGGGUAGACGUCAAUCAAGCAUUCAAAGUCAUCGGCGAGACAUUCCAAGUUCCUGCGUCAGCGAAUACCUGCGAUGGCAUAGGCAGUGAUCAUAGGGUUUGCUAACCCGGCCUUGUGCUCGCAUAAAGCGUCUGUACAAGCGCUAAGGCUCCCCUGGGCAAAGACAAACCCAGCAUAUGUGUUCACACCCGCCACGUCGCGUUAUAGCGACGAUACAGGGACAGCUCUCGGUUCACGCAGUUCGUCGCGUUGUGUGUGUGUGUUGUGUGGAGUGGCGGACUGGUGGGCUGGGAACGGGCUGAAACAGCACCUUCCACGGCACUCUCACGCAAGUGAGUGACACGCCGUUCAACCCCCGUUGUGUGAAAUCCUGGUGUUGUGUGUAUGGGGGCCAGGUCGUGCCGUGGCGCGCGCAGUCAUGGUCAGUCGACCAUGACAGCCACCGCGCCCAUUCCCCACUCCAGUCGGCUGACCGGCUCGGACAGCGGCUGGGGUGUGGGAGUGGGAAGGGAGAGUUAGGUCGACGACUCAGCGCAUUUUCCUCACUAUAAACAAUCUGACGCGCUUGAAGCUAUCACGGUGCGCUAAAAGCCGUGGCUUGCAAGGUUGCCAACUGACAGGGUAACUUGGACCUCCUCCUUGACUGGAGGCGGUCUGAGAGUCAGGCUGCAAUGGCUCCUUUUUAAUGUGGCCUUUAUAGCACUCCUAUCACAGUGUGGGAUCCCAGCCAGGCGUUGGCGGCACGCCCAGGUGCGGCUUCGGUCGUGCCAGCCUCCAAAUCUCUGUCGCGUUGGUUGAAAUCCUGGUUAUUUGUUGUGUGGACCAGGAGGUGUGGUGGAACGCCAAGGUGAGGAUCCGUCCGAGCCAUCCACCUGCGGCCUCCCUCGUCUCCGGUCUUCUUGACUCUGUCUUGACACCGGGCUCGGGCGAGGGAGGAGGAGAGAGUGUAGGUAGAUGCAGCGCAAGUCUGCCCGCACUAUAACCCCCUGCGCAAGUCACCGUCCCUGCUCCCACCGUUGCAGCUGUAGCUGUGGGGCAUACGGUGGACAUCAUCGAAAUCGAUGGUCGAACUGCCACAGGGACAGCUAAUCGCCGGACACCCUCCUCCUCCUUCCCUAAGCCCCAGACGGAACUAGAAUCUGACCACUGACCUCUGAACGCUCCUCGACUCUCUCCCAUAUUGACUUUUAUUGGGUGUGUAGCUUUUGCCAUUCUGCCCGCUCCUAUAUCACAGUGCAGGCCUGAUGAUGAAUAAUUGAAAGCGUACGUUUGCCGGAGUAGACUUCUUAGAUUUCCAUUUUGCCUUGGAGCUCUGAGUCUAGAGCCCACGCAAGCCAUCGCGUAGUGGUAGGGUGCUACCUAGUGAAGCCCUUUUGCUCGGAAUCUUGUUCGACCAUCUUCGUUUCUAAAGGGCAUUUGUCACCACAUAACUAGGCCAUACGGCUUCUUUCAGAGCCAUAAUACUAUCACGGUUGGCUAUGCCCACUUUGUUCCAUACUUUUCACACGCAGAUAGGCUAAGUAUGUCCCUCCCCCCACUGUUUGGGCAAAAAUUGAGCAUUAAGGAGGAGGAAGGAACACGCGACGCCCUACUAUGUGCUAUUUACAGAAAACAAGAACUACCCGCUCUGCCAGCGAAUAUGACUUGUCUAGCUUCGAAGGGAGACUGCGCUUGCAGCUCGCAGUGUAUGUGAGUCUUCCGGCUUCUUUUCGAGUCUAUUUUACCAGAACACCUGAUUUCGCGCAGGUAGUACCCACGGCGACAUUAUUAUUCCAUGCAGCCUGUCAGAAGUGGGACAGUAGUGUGCUUUGGUUCUAGACGGGUGACAGAAUGGAACGCGAGCAGACGAUCCCCUCACCUUCUGGCAUCAAAAGGCUGCGCUAAUCCAUUUUACACCGACUGUAGCCUGAUGACCCAUGCGUUUUGUCUCUCAUCGACACUACAGUACGAGGAAGUUAGACUAGACUUUUUUGGGGAGUAAGCUACUUUGGCAAUACUGCGAAACGUUUAACGAGUCAUGCUAGGCUAGCCGAUCUGAGAUUUUUGAAUGAGUUGCAUUAGUAUCCACUUGUUAGACCCCAGCAUUGAAAAGUCACAGGCUUUAAAAUUAGUCGAAAAUUGAAAAUCAAUUUGAUCGCUUGAUUCUUCACAUGACUUAUUUCCGCGACACACUGGCUCCCCGUAGAGGGGCUUCUCCACACCUACGAUACUCUCACAGCGCAUAGUUCCCCGCGUCGUUUUUCAAGGCGUUUAUGAUUCUUGGUUCAUUGUGCAUGUGAUUGACUAAGAUUCACUUGCGACUUCUGCCUUGUAUGUGAUUGCCUAAGAGCACCGUUGAUCGCCUUGUCGGUCCAGCUUGUAGAAGAUGCCAUUUUCCCUUGCUUGUUUGCUUAAACCACCUCACAAUCUGGAUGCUUUGGACAGUGCUUUCGACGAUUAUGUAUGCCAUGUGGAUGAUCAUCGUGGAGGACAUGAAAAGUGCCAGUUGUAUUCGAAAAGCGGACCCAACAACUUGACCGUCAUAUAGGCCUUUUCCUGUCUGUCUGGGAUUCCUAACCCUUAAACAUAGUCAUGUUUGUCGCUUUCCGUGUUGAGCCUCGAGCCAUGUGAAAGUGUAUGCUUGCGUACUGUCCACCCCUUUUUUGCGCAGUUUGUAGCCGUGACCUCACUGCUCCUUUUAAGUCAAAGCGGAUUCUAACUGCUCUGCUCUCGUUAACACAGCUGGGGUGUAGUUACUCCUUUUCAGACAACUCUUGAGGGUUUUUGCCGAAUUCACACGGAGCACCACUGUUUUACCUGUCGGUUGCCUCUAGUGUGCGAGUGUUUUCUGACAUCGCACCAUGGGAAACGAAUAAUAUUUAUUCGGGCCAUCUAGAGGCAAAUUGUUCCGCUCGUAACAACAACAGAUUCUGGUGGUGAGUUUUUGCUUGUUGCAUUGCAAACACACGUACCUAGCCAUGAAUACUGUCAUUUCGAUCUUCAGAGACCUUUGAGCAAGGUUUAGCGCUAGACACACUCCUUGUUCGGGACCGCGGUUUUCGUCUCUGAACUUGUGGGAGUUUCCUCUUCACCUGCCCUAGCAGUUUAGCUAAGUCAUGCGCCGCCGAGUUAUGGCGAUUAAACAUCACUUGAUCUGGGCGAACAGUCAGCCGUCUUUCCUCAUUGAGUACGGCACUUGUCCGUCCUAAGAGAAAUCAUGCAACCUUUGUGAUCAAUUCUUCAGUCUCUCACCCAGCAACUGCAUGCGCAAGUUUCAAGGGGAGGGAUGGUCAAAAGUAGAACCCCUGACUGAAGAUAUCAAUGGCCCUAAAUCUUGGUUUACCACAUAUAACUUCACUUUGGUCCAGUCGCCCUCACAGUAAUCGGGACUGCCGCUGUUCUUUAGCAUGCUUCGCCCCAGGAACAAGAUUUUUUGGGUGAGCAGGAAAUACGAAUCAGCCAAAGACAAGCCGGAUAAAGCAGACCCUGCAAUCGUUAUAUACAACUUAUCCAACUUCCUAAUUGCUGCUACUUCGUUUCUCUGUCUUCUCCCCCACUUUCGGCUCCCCUGUUUGUGCCCUGCCCGGGGGCUAGCGAACCGGGCCCUUACCGUGUCUGUUUGCUUGAGUCAAAAAUUUCAUAAAUUGUCAUUUCGAAUGCUACAAUCCCCGCCCCUUUCGGCAUUGCUCCGGGUACCGAAGUUCGACAUCCCGAUCUCCGUUUGUGCACCUGCGAAGGCGCUGUUCUGCGUUUUUGCACCUUGCCUUGCUGCUACAUGCUGCCUAGAAGUCCACAGCCUCUGAAGUUGUUUUUUUUCUCGAAUGUACUCGUGCAUGCCCAAGCGAUCACUAGGAACGCUGUCGUCCACCCUUUGCCGCCAACACUGGAGGAAUGAGCGUUUUCGUGACACUGUUGGUCCCAAUAUCUUGACAUCUGCACAACUGAAACGUCCCUUUAAUUUGACUGUUUUAGAGCCUCGCUAGACACGACUCUCUCCGGAGCCGAAAAUACCAGCACAGGCACCCGCGGAACGUCUGA